CACAUGUGUAUGUAAUAGUCACUGUGCCACUGUUCACGACUCGCUAUUACAAAAUGGGUAAACACAAAAAGAAUCAGAAGGACUUCCAAAAGGUGAAGCUGAAGGUGGGGCGAAAACUACCGAAAGGCCUGAAUGUAACGGACACCAGUUUCAAGACCAAAAAGAUAGUCCUGCAUGACCGACUGUCAAAGCCAGCCACCGGCGAGCCCACGACAACACGAAAGCUGAGCGUUCAGGAUCUGAUCAGCCGUUUGCACCACUACAAUGUCGCCAGCCGCAUGGAUGCCUUGGCCGGAUUGCGAGAACUCGGACGCACUCAUGCGGGUUCAUUUAGUCCACACCUCAAGCCCCUGCUUGAGAUCUUGGGAACACUCUGCACAGAUAAAGAAGGCACCGUGCGUCAGUCUGCUCUGAAGGUGCUGCGCUUGGUGCUUGGCUCGGUGUCAAGCGAUUGCCUUUCGCCUUUCGGACCACUGCUGCUCUCUCAGCUGGGCUGUGCAGUGAACCACCUGUCAUCUGCAGUUCGCCACGAUGCCCUCGACCUGCUUGGCCUGUUGCUUGAUGCUGUGCCCUCCCUGGCUGUGCGCGCUCCGUAUGGCAGCUUGUGCAACUUCCUCAACAUGAUCUCCACCUCUGCCGAGUCAUCGGCGGUCGGCAAGCAUCGCCGAGUCCUUUCUUCUCAGCUGGGUCAGCGACACACUAAUCGGGCCGUCUGGGUGCGUGUCCUGUCGUCCAUGGAGCGUUUCCUGGCGGUUGCCCUGCGUGUCUGGUUUCCCACGGCUGCGGAAGACGAGGGCCCUGCCACUGCGGAUUUUGCAGAUGAAGCCAAGACUGUGCGGGUUGGUGGUGAAACUUCGGCGUGUAUUGCCCUGUACAGGAAUGGCCUGGAGCCGCAACCCCGUGCCUCUGCUUUCCGCCUUUACGACGGCUUGCUGUCGACGGGAACCAGUAGCGGCAGUGGCAGUGGCCGUAGUGGUGCUGCCAGUACCAGUAAUGCCGGCAGCAGCAGGGAUAACGCCCGCGAGUUUGCUCUCGAACUGGUUCCCCUGCUCCUGGACAUGUGGGUUGAAGCCGAUCCCGACUCUGGGGAGAGUAUGCCACGUGACUCUCUGAUCCUCAUCGACUGUAUCCUACGUGUGCUGCUGCUGCUUAUUGAGUGGCUUCGCAAGGAGAGCCUCUCUAAUGUCCCAUGGUUUGAAGAAAACUUUGGCACCCUACUGCUCAAUCACUUCGACGGUCGCUUCCCUUUCUCACAUGACUGUCUAGCUGGAAGUGGGCAGCCUUUGACCAAGAAGACGAAGAAGGACCCACUGUUUGAUCGUCAGGUAUCUGUGGCAUCCAUCAACUUGGGCAUCUGCGAGGUGCUGGCUGGCCUACUGGGCGUGCUUAGUGCUGACCAAGGGCAGCAGGUGCUGGCUUUCUUUGGUGAUCUCAUCAGCACCGGCCAAGUGCGGUCGGGAGACACACGCAUCGUAGUGAAGAUCGCUCGUCUUCUGCUUCCCCGUGUAUCCCCUAGUGACUGCCUGCAGUUGGUAGAGGCCAUGCUGUCCUUGUACGAGGAGGGUGACAUACUCCAGCCGAGGGAUGCCCACUUCAUCCUCGACUUCUUCCACGAGCUCAUCAUUGGACCGCGAACAUUUUUAGAAGUUGUACGUCCAGUGGUUGACCGUUUCCUGCGCUUGCUGCCCGAGCGGGCCUUGGGUGAGAGGGGUGAGGGCCAGGAAGGAGCCUCCCUGCACUUUCUGGGCAAGUUGGCCCAACUGCGGCUGCCUGCACUCCUGGAGAGCCUCCAGCGUCACUCACUCUUGUGUAUAGAGCUCCUGCCACAAAUGUCGCAAGAAGAUCAGCGCACACUGGUGGAGCUCAUCUGUCGUGUGCCCAGCUUGGAGAAGGAGCACUUUGAAGCACUGUAUGCUGCAACGCUCGACCCACUGCCCACGCCUAUAGUGCUGUACCUGCUUCAGCUGCUGAAGGAGAGGUUUGAUGAAGAGAAAGAUGGAGCCAUGUACGUCGCUGCAUACAGCAGUUUCCUCCUGUCUCUUGCAACAGGCAUGUCACGCAGCAAGGAUGAGCAGCUGAGGGCUGUCUGGCGAGACGACUCCUCUUGGUUGGAGUUGAAAGAGCUGCUGCCAGAAGUCACCCAGAUUCCCGUUGUUCCCAUCGACUGGGACCUUCUUCCCAGCCACUUGAUGAUUAUCGAGGUGGUGGCCAAGUCUUUUGAAGCAUUUCCUGCAUCCUGGAACUUGUCUCAGAUCUUUGAGCCUCUCCUUCAGCAAUUCCUCGAGGCUUACCCCCAGAUGUCAUGCUCCGCUGCCCUGUCAAUCGUGCAUCUUUGCGGAAGGAGACGCUCGGCCGAGCAGCCACCCUGGUUUCUUUCACCACCCUGGGGCCCCUUGACCACUGGCUGUGCCGCAGGGCUUUUGUGUGUUGCGGCACAGCUGUCUGGUCCCCUGCCAACUUCAACGCCUGCCCUGGUACAAGCUUUGGCAGGCUUGGCCACACGCUGUCCAAACAUCUUCAACGACCUCGUUGCACAGUUCUGUCAAGUCCUCGAUUUGCCAUUAUCAGUACCCUGCCUAGAGCUGGUGUGCGGAGCACUGCGAAUUCUCAGCAAGCAGCGCCUUCUGAGCACACCAGCAAGAAACCUUGCUCUUCAAAUGCUCAUUGGGAAACAAGGCUCAGAGCUUCGUCGUCAUCCAUGGUUCCUGGCCACACUGAGUGAAUUCUGCGAAGGCGUACAGCAGCAGCAGCAACAUCACCCACACCAGGCAGCGAUGCUGCAGCCAUCAAGCAUUACCAUCACCGUGAGACAGUAGGGAGCAGUUGCCUCAUAUGAGAGUCAUGUACACCAUAAGCACAAGUCCUAAAGUGACAGAGAGCCUUUAUUGCAAACCAUGGACGUUUUGAAAGACACACAUUCCUCGUGACAUGGUUCAAUAAAUAAGACAUGCACAAUG